AUGACAGAAUACAAGUUGGUCGUUGUUGGAGCUGGUGGCGUUGGCAAGAGCGCAUUAACGAUUCAGCUAAUACAAAAUCAUUUUGUAGACGAAUAUGAUCCCACUAUAGAGGAUUCGUACCGCAAGCAAGUUGUUAUUGAUGGAGAGACAUGUGUGUUAGAUAUUUUGGAUACAGCUGGUCAAGAAGAAUAUAGUGCAAUGCGUGAUCAGUAUAUGAGGACUGGAGAAGGAUUUUUAUGUGUAUUUGCUUUGGAUAACUUAAGAUCAUUUGAGGAAAUAAGUCAAUAUCGAGAACAGAUAAAGAGAGUGAAAGAUGCAGAAGAUGUACCGAUGGUUUUGGUAGGGAAUAAAUGUGACUUACCUAACAGAGGAGUUGAUGUAGCACAUGCAACGGAAGUGGCUAAAAGUUAUGGUAUGCCAUACAUUGAGACAUCUGCAAAGACAAGACAGGGAGUGGAGGACGCAUUUUAUACACUUGUCAGAGAAAUUCGUCGUUAUGUUAGUAUUCAUAGCUAG